AUGGACAUCUCUGCUUUUGUGUUUUUGAGUUCCAGUUUAUUUCUUUUCUACUUUGUGUUCUCUAAUGCUGUUGACAGCAUUACCCAAUCCCAAUCCCUCAGUGACAGUAAGGGCACAAACCUGGUCUCUAAAGAUGAUGGCUUUGUCUUGGGGUUCUUCAGUACAGGAAAUUCCAAUAACCGUUACUUGGGAAUUUGGUACAACAAUAUCUCAGUUAGAACGGUUGUUUGGGUAGCAAACCGGGGCAAUCCAAUUAGAGACUCGUCUGGCGUGUUGAUGUUAAACAGUUCAGGUAGUCUUGUUCUUCUCAGCCAGAAUAGGACUGUUGUUUGGUCGGCAAAUUCCACACAAGAGGCAGGGAGUCCAGUUGUUGAGCUUUUAGAUUCAGGAAAUCUAGUAUUAAGAGAAAAGAAUGAAGAAAACCCAGAAAGUUAUUUGUGGCAAAGCUUUGACUAUCCUUCUGAUACAUGGCUACCUGGGAUGAAACUUGGAUGGGACUUAAGAACUGGUCUGGAAAGGCGCCUAACUGCAUGGAAGAGUCCAGAUGAUCCAUCUCCUGGAGAACUGAGUCUUGGGAUUGUACUUCAUAAUUACCCUGAGAUAGUCGUGAAGAACGGCUCCAAGAUAUACUGCCGGGGUGGCCAGUGGAAUGGCAUUAGGUUCAGUGGUGGCCCUGGUGGGUUAAAGACCAACCCAGUCCAUAACUUCACUUCUGUCUCCAACAAGGAUGAGCUAUACUUCAUGUACCACACGAUUAAAAAGUCUCUAAUCACAAGAGCAGUUAUAAACCAAACUUUACACAAGUACGAGCGCUACAUGUGGAUCGAAGCAGAUAAAAAAUGGAUCGCGUACUUUUCUGCACCACAAGACACAUGUGACAGUUUCAAUUUAUGCGGUGCUUAUGGAAAUUGUAUCAUUGGUUACUCACCUAUCUGCCAAUGUCUAGGAGGAUUUAAGCCUAAGUCACCAGAAAGAUGGAACCCAGACGACUGGGCUAAGGGAUGUGUACGCACUACGGAAUUGAGCUGCAAGGAUAAAGAUAAAAUUGGGUUUGUUAAACUUGUUGGGCUCAAGCUGCCAGAUACCACGUAUUCUUGGGUGAACAAAAGUAUGAAUCUUAGCGAAUGCAGAGUCCAAUGUUUGAACAACUGUUCUUGUAUGGCUUAUUCCAACACUGACAUUAGAGAUGGAGGAAGUGGUUGCGCCAUCUGGUAUGGAGAUCUAAUUGAUAUUAGACAGGUUGCAGGUGGCGGGCAGGAUACUGAUUGGCUGGAUGUAUAUAUUCGAAUGCCUGCUUCAAAGAAAGUCAACCAGGAAGUGUCUCCCCCCAAAAAAAAAGUCAACCAGGAAGACGUUAUAGACAAGCAAAAGAUGAAGGUGAGAGUUGCAGUUGCCAUAGCCAUUGCCGUAGUUUUCGGUGUGCUCUUGAUUGCUUACUGCAUUUGCAAGAGGAAAAACUUCAGAGAGAAAAUGAAGAAUAAAGGGAUAAUAGACCAGAAUAUUGAUGGCCAAAAUGAAGACCUCGAGCUCCCAUUCUACAGCCUAGCUACCAUAGCUAUUGCCACUAACAAAUUUUCAAGCAAUAACAAGCUUGGUGAAGGUGGCUUUGGACCCGUAUAUAAGGGUAUACUAGUAGAUGGACAAGAAAUUGCUGUGAAAAGACUUUCACGAAAUUCUAGACAAGGAUUGAGUGAGUUUAAAAAUGAAGUUAUGUCGAUCGCUAAAUUACAGCACCGAAAUCUUGUUAGGCUUUUGGGCUAUUGCAUUGACGGAGAGGAGAAAAUGUUAAUCUAUGAAUACAUGCCCAAUGGAAGCUUGGACUCCUUCAUUUUUGAUCAAAUGAGAUCUAAUAUUUUAGGUUGGUGUAUGCGCUUCAACAUUAUUUGUGGGAUUGCUCGUGGGCUUCUCUAUCUUCAUGAAGACUCUAGAUUGAGGAUUAUACAUAGAGAUCUAAAAGCAAGUAACAUUUUACUUGAUAGUAAGAUGAACCCAAAAAUUUCUGACUUUGGCAUGGCUAGGUCCUUUGGUGGAGAUCAAACUGAAGGAAAUACAAAUAGAGUGGUUGGAACUUAUGGUUAUAUGGCACCCGAAUACGCCAUUGAUGGCCUAUUUUCAGUAAAAUCUGAUGUCUUUAGUUUUGGAAUAUUAUUGUUGGAGAUAAUAUGUGGAAAGAAAAAUCGAGGGUCUUUUCAUCCAGAAUAUAGUAUAAACCUUGUUGGACAUGCAUGGAAAUCAUGGAAAGAAGGAAGGACUUUGGAGCUAAUUGAUACUCUCUUAAAGGACUCUUGCAUCCUAUCAGAGCUUGAACGUUGCCUCCAUAUUAGUUUCUUAUGUUUGCAACAACAUCAUGAGGAUAGGCCUAACAUGUCAUUUGUGGUUAUGAUGUUGCAUAGUGAGGGUUCACUACAAGAACCCAAAGAGCCAGGUUUCUAUGUGGGAAAAAAAUCACCUUCGUCAAGCAAGAACCAAUCAUCCUCAACCAAUGAAAUUACUAUUACCUUGUUAGAUGAACAGAAAGCAAUGGACAUCUUUUCUUUUGUGUUUAUGAGUUCUCGUUUAUUUCUUUUCUACUUUGUAUUUUCGGAUGCUGCUGUCAAAAUUUCCCAAUCCCAAUCCCUCAGUGACGGCACAAACUUGGUCUCUAAAAAUGGAGGCUUUGUCCUGGGGUUCUUCAGUACAGGAAAUUCCACAAACCGUUACUUGGGAAUUUGGUACAACAAUAUCCCAGUUAGAACGGUUGUUUGGGUAGCAAACUGGCGCAAUCCAAUUAGAGACUCGUCUGGCGUGUUGAUGUUAAACAGUUCAGGUAGUCUUGUUCUUCUCAGCCAGAAUAAGACUAUUGCUUGGUCUGCGAGUUCUACAAAAGAGGUAGGGAGUCCAGUUUUUGAGCUUUUAGAUUCAGGAAAUCUAGUAUUAAGAGAAAAGAAUGAAGAAAACCCAGGAAGUUAUUUGUGGCAAAGCUUUGACUAUCCUUCUGAUACAUGGCUACCAGGGAUGAAGCUUGGAUGGGAUUUAAGGACUGGUCUCGAAAGGCGCCUAACUGCCUGGAAGAGUCCAGAUGAUCCAUCUCCUGGAGAACUGAGUUGUGGGAUUGAACUUAAUAAUUACCCCGAGAUAGUCGCGAAGAACGGCUCCAAGAAGUUCGGCCGGACUGGCCCGUGGAAUGGCGUUGGCUUCAGUGGUGCAACAGGGGUAAAGGCCAACCAAAUUUAUCACUUCAAUUUUGUUUCCAACAAUGAUGAGGUAUACAUCAUAUACCACAUGAUUAAAAAUUCUGCAAUCACAAGAGCAGUUUUGAACCAAACUACGUACUUGUUCGAGCGCGACAUAUGGGUCGAAGCUGAUAAAAAAUGGAUCGCGUACAUUUCUAUACCAAAAGACAAAUGUGACAGUUAUAAUUUAUGUGGUGCUUAUGGUAAUUGUAUCAUUGGCGAGUCACCUAUCUGCCAAUGUCUAGAAGGAUUUAAGCCUAAGUCAACAGAAAGAUGGAACCCAGACAACUGGGCUAAGGGAUGUGUACGCACUACAGAAUUGAGCUGCGAGGAUAAAGAUAAAAUUGGGUUUGUUAAAUUUGUUGGGCUUAAGUUGCCAGAUACCACGUAUUCUUGGGUUAACAAAAGUAUGAAUCUUAAUGAAUGCAGAGUCAAAUGUUUGAACAACUGUUCUUGUAUGGCUUAUUCCAACUCUGACAUUAGAGAUGGAGGAAAUGGCUGCGUCAUCUGGUAUGGAGAUCUAAUUGAUAUUAUACAGGUUGCAGCUAACGGGCAGGAUCUAUAUAUUCGAAUGCCUGCUUCAGAGAAAGUCAACCAGGAAGACGUGAAAGACAAGCAAAAGAUGAAGGUGAUAGUUGUAGUUGCCAUUGCCAUUGCCGUAGUUUUUGGGGUGCUCUUGAUUGCCUACUGCAUUUGCGAAAGAAAAACCUUGAGAGAGAAAAUGAAGAAUAAACGGAUGAUAGACCAAAAUAUUGAUGGCCAAAAUGAAGACCUAGAGCUCCCACUCUUCAGCCUAGCUACCAUAGCUAUGGCCACUAACAAAUUUUCAAGCAAUAACAAGCUUGGUGAAGGUGGCUUUGGUCUCGUAUAUAAGGGUAUACUAGAAGAUGGACAAGAAACUGCUGUGAAAAGGCUUUCACGAAAUUCUAGACAAGGAUUGAGUGAGUUUAAAAAUGAAGUUAUGUCAAUCGCCAAAUUACAACAUCGAAAUCUUGUUAGACUUUUGGGCUAUUGCAUUGAAGGAGAGGAGAAUAUGUUAAUUUAUGAAUACAUGCCCAAUGGAAGCUUGGACUCCUACAUUUUUGAUCAAAUGAGAUCUAAUAUUUUAGGUUGGUGUAUGCGCUUCAACAUUAUUUGUGGGAUUGCUCGCGGGCUUCUCUAUCUUCAUGAAGACUCUAGAUUGAGGAUUAUACAUAGAGAUCUAAAAGCAAGUAACAUUUUACUUGAUAGUAAGAUGAACCCAAAAAUUUCUGACUUUGGGAUGGCUAGGUCCUUUGGUGGAGAUCAAACUGAAGGAAAUACAAACAGAGUGGUUGGAACUUAUGGUUAUAUGGCACCCGAAUACGCCAUUGAUGGCCUAUUUUCAGUAAAAUCUGAUGUCUUUAGUUUUGGAAUAUUAUUGUUGGAAAUAAUAUGUGGAAAGAAAAAUCGAGGGUCUUUCCAUCCAGAAUAUAGUCUAAACCUUGUUGGACAUGCAUGGAAAUCAUGGAAAGAAGGAAGGACAUUGGAGCUAAUUGAUACUUGCUUAAAGGACUCUUGCAUCCUACCGGAGCUUGAACGUUGCCUCCAUAUUAGUUUCUUAUGUUUGCAACAACAUCAUGAGGAUAGGCCUAACAUGUCAUUUGUGGUUAUGAUGUUGCAUAGUGAGAGUUCACUACAAGAACCCAAAGAGCCGGGUUUCUAUGUGGGGAAAAAAUCACCUUCAUCAAGCAAGAACCAAUCAUCCUCAACCAAUGAAAUUACCAUUACCUUGGUAGAUGGUCGAUAG